UUCAUGGCUGCUGAGGAGAACGAGUGCACUGGGCUGGCAAAUUUUACAAGACAAAAUUCGGGAGUUGUGAAGUCAUGGGAACUGGAACCGGUCUUGGCCAAUCGUACACUACGUUUUGUAGCAAAGCUGGAGGAACAGUUUUUGUGUCCCGCGUGUGGUGGCAUUGUCUUGAACCCCCACCAGACAGGAUGUGGACAUAUCUUCUGUGCCCAGUGUAUCAGAAAAUUCAUAGACAGCAGUGACAUUUCAAAAUGCCCAAUUGACAACAAUCUGAUUAAGUCAGAGGAGGUUUUUCAAGACAACUGCUGCAAGAGGGAACUCCUCAACCUAGAAAUCUACUGCACCAACUCCCCAGAAUGUCCACACCGGACGACUCUAAGUAAUUUGCAGGAACAUCUAAAGACUUGUCAGUAUGAGCCCCUGCAAUGCACAAACAUAGGCUGUACCAAAAUGCUGGCGCGGAAAGACCUGAUGGAACAUAUUGGGAGUAUUUGUACGUUCCGCAUUGAGCUCUGCCAUCACUGCAAAAAACCUUACCUUGUGUCCCAACUGUUGGACCAUGAAAAAAACACAUGCCCAGAUGUAGAAGUUGAAUGUCCCAAUAAAUGUUCUCAGAUGAUAAAAAGGAAUAAGCUGAAAGACCAUGCAGAAGAGUGUCCAGAGGUGGAGACAGACUGCGUUUACAAGAAAUAUGGCUGCUCAGUCCGGGACAAAAGAGGCCAGGUCAAAGUUCAUGAGUACACUGAGUUCAGUUACCAUGUGCUACUUGUUUUGGAGAGCAACUCCAAGCUGGAGAAACAGGUGAAACAUCUGCAGCAGGACAUGGUGCUCAGGCAGGGGGAACUAAAGGAGAGGAACCUGCAGGUUAGCAAUCUGGACAGAGAAGUUACCAGGUGUGAUCAAACCCUCUCUGCUGUGCAGAGGUCGAUGGAAGAGCAAAAAGAACACAUAUCCAGAGUCCAGCAAGAGCUGCAGGAUCUGAGAAGUGUGUUGGGAACAGAAUUGGGCAGAGAUGAGCUUCCAGCCCUUAGGAAUUCACUGGAUUCUCUCAGGCAGCAGGUGGCUGUCACAGAGAGCCUUAGAGAACAUCUAGGGGCUUUAGAGAAGAGCUGCCAGCGUCACUCCCGUCUCCUAAGCAUCCACGCUGAGCAGUUACAAUGUAACGAGGAGCGUUUCCGGCAGCUUGAAUCCACUUCAUACGACGGCAAGCUCAUCUGGAAGGUGCGGGAUUACCGUCGGAAAAAGGAGGCCGGCAUACCCCUGACCUCGCCCCCUUUCUACACUAGCCGCAGCGGAUACAAACUCUGUGCCCGCGUGUACCUUGGCGGGGACAGCAAAGGCAGAGGCACCCACUUGUCCCUGUAUAUACUGUUAAUGAGGGGUGACUUUGACUCCCUGCUGCCCUGGCCUUUUCGCCAGAGCGUCACCAUGACCCUCCUGGACCAGAGUGGCGCUCGUAGUCACCUCAGCUCCAGCUUCACCCCCGACCCGGCCAGCGACAGUUUCCGUCGCCCUGACUCUGACACCAACGUAGCUACAGGCUUUCCCCGCUUUGUCUCCCACGAUGACCUGGAGACAGCAAGGAACGCAGUCUAUAUCAGAGAUGAUACACUGUUCAUUCGAAUCAGGGUAGACACAACAGGGCUAGAGGACCUUUAA